CAGUGUCAGGACUGUGGGACUUGAGGUUUUUGAGAGGAGCCUAAAACUGGUUCAGGACUAGGCUCAUCCUUGAAUGGGAGGAGCCUCAAAGAACAGCAGGAGCUUCACCUUUCCCUAUGAAAAUAGGUGUGGCCAAAGUCGCUUGCUCAGACUCUUGCCCCAGAGGCUUCCAGUCUGUUCCAGCUUGGUGGCUGCUACCUGGAGCUCUCUGUCUGAAGUCUAAGAGAGGAAGUAAACAUCUUCAUUGGAAGAGAAAGCUGUGUGGGAAAAAGGAAUAGCAGAUCACCAGAGGGAAAAGUCUGUCUGGAGUUCAUCAGGUUCCUAAAGGACAAGCUAGUUGGAAAGGCUGCAGAACUCAGAGGCUAUUCCAUAUCACCUGGAAAAAACCAAAAGCAACAUAAUGUCUCGCUACGGAAAGCACCCACGCCUCAGCCUGGAAGAAGGUGUAAACUUCCAGAAUCCAAUAGAAACGGAUGAGGUGGUGUUCCCAGUAGUUCCCACACCUGAGGAAGAGGAGAGAGAGGGAGAGGACGUGGUCCAAAGGGAAGAGGAAGAAGAUAGCAAUGAGCAGGAGAAGGAGGAAGAUAACAUUGAGAAGGAAGAAGAAGAUGAUGAAGCAAAGGAGGAAGAAGAGGAAAAGGAAGAGUCUGAUGAUGAAGUGAAUGAGACUGAAGAGGAAGAAGAUAUAACUUCCAUGCUUUUCUCUAAUGUCGCUUUAGCUGCUUUAUCCCCUCCUCCUUCUUCCUCCUCCUCUUCUUCCUCCCCUUCUUUUUUUUCUCUGUUACAGAGCGAUCUAGCAGAGACUGAGGCCUUUGCUGUAGGACUGCUGGGCAUUUUUCAGAAUGCUCAGAGCUUCUUCCCCUCACCUACAUUAGGGGAAAAUUUAGAUGAAGCAGUUGGCCACCAGGAAGAGAGUUCAGGUGUUAUCCCAUCUCCAGAAGGCCCUGACUCCUUCCUCGAUACUGUAAUACAAGAAAAGGCUACUGAUUUGGUGUUUCUUUUCAUUUAUAAGUAUAGAAUGAAGGAACCCAUCACAUUAACUGAAAUCUAUGAGGUUAUAACUAAUGAUUAUGAGAACCAUUUUCCUGUCAUUUUCAUUGAAGCUUCUAAAUGCUUGGAGAUGACAUUUGGGAUUGAUAUAAAGGAAAGUGAUCUUGUAAGCAAUGCUUAUGUCUUUGUCAACUCACUGAACCUCACCUAUGAGGAUGUGCUGAGUGACAGUGAUAGCCUGCCUAGAAAUGCUUUCCUGAUAGUUAUUCUGGGUGUAAUAUUCAUAGAAGGGAACUGUGCUUCUGAAGAAAGAAUCUGGGAGUUCUUGAAACUGGUAGGAGUGUAUGAUGGAGAAGAGCACUUCAUUUGUGGGGAUCCCAGGGAGUUCCUCACUGUAGAUUUAGUGCAGCAAAAUUACCUGGAAUAUCGGGAGGUGCCUAAUAGCCAGCCUUCGUGCUUUGAGUUCCUGUGGGGUCCAAGAGCCUAUGCUGAAACUACCAAGAUGAAAGUUUUGGAAUUCUUGGCAAAGAUGAAUGGGUGUGAUCCAUCUGAUUUCUCAGUCUGGUAUGAAGAGGCUUUGAGAGAUGAGGAAGAGAGGGCCUGGGCCUUAAAUAACUCUGCAAAUACAAGCCCAAAUGCAUGGCUUCUAGAGCGCUGAUCACUGGUUUCUCUUACCCAGUGAGACGGAUCUCUUUGGCAUGGAUUCACUCUAAUUUUGAAAAGAGCAGUCAAAAUUUUAAGUAAGGGAAAAUCAAACUUAUGCUCAGUAGAACAUUAUCACUAUGCUAAUUGAGGCUUUCUUAACUGUUUCAUUUGGGGUUAAUGUUAAAUGUUACUCAUUUUAAGGGAAAGUGUAUUGCCUCUAAAAUCUGUGAUUGAAACUGAUAAUACAAUCAUUACUGUUUGUUGUAAAAUAUAGUGGAAGAAUUACAUAAUGUUAACUUUUGAUUGCUUUAAUCCUUUUAUUCUAUUCUGGAAAAGUAAAAUGUAGUAUGCAUUUAUUUUCUAGAUUUAUGUAACAAAAUAGGACAUAAUAACAAAUCUUAAUAAAGACUGCUCACUUACUCAUUCACU